GGCCUCUCACCGACUUCAUCGUGAGGUCUUCCUCUUUCUCAAAGAGCGGUGUCACCUACCCUCUUCUUACAAUACUAUUGACCAUUCCGAUCACAAAAAAGAACUCGCGACAAUGACUUCGAAUCUUGACUUCACACCAGAGGGUCUGUUGGACCUAACCUUCGAUCCUCGAGACCCCCGAUACCCAUUCACGACCAAUAUGGCCGCGCGCUCGAGCUGGCCUAUGCCUCUCGAUAUGGCCUCAGGAACUGCUGCUGACGAGAGGCGCGAGACUUCGCCGGGCCACAACCCCCAUCAACACUUCCCUCAGGCUGGACAUAUCAACUCCCCAACCCUCAUGACAGAUUGGCCGAUGCAGCAACCUCAACAGCAACUCUCACAGUACAUUCCCGAUAACUCGUUAAUGGGGGGCCAAUUCAAUGCCUUUGGGGGCACCUUCCAGACCUCUCCCCUCGACUACCACCUUCCAACAACUCAAGGCACAUUCGAUGCUGGGCUUCAGAUGGAGGCACCUUUUAAUGGACUCCCACAGACGGUGGAGGCUCAGGCAGCGAUGUGGGCAAACUGGCAGGAAAUCGAGAAUGCUAUGAACUUCGCGGGAGCCAACGACGGGUUACCAAGUAUAGGACGUCAGAGUUUAGGGAGCAACUCGCCAACUGGGACGUAUCUGGAGGUUCUGUCACUCCCGAGCUCGAGUAGUGACAACGGGUGGGCCACGGUGGAUCACUUCCCCAAUUUCGAAGCAUACCAGCAGGCACAGAACGCAGCAAUCUUCAAUCCUGGGCAAACCUUACAUCUUCGGACUCACUCGGACUCGUCACAGUCGGACGGCACUGGGCAUACGAUAGAGUCGUUCGGCAGCUUCGAGGACAUCUCAUACCCAUACUCACCAUACUCCCCGGCAUCAGAUACAUAUCUGAACAAUAAUAAUGACCACCGGAAUUGCUUUCAUGAUGGUGCUCAUCAUCACAACCACGAGAUCGUCAGCCCCGCCGCUGCCGUAGCCCCGGUACCGAUCAAGAUGUCACCACCAUCGAGUAGAACUACCCCAUCGUCUACCUCGUCACCUCCAGCCAGGAGAAACUCGGCACCUCGGAAGAGCCCUACAGCCAAAGCCACAAAGCCUGUUAUUCGCCGUACAUCGAAUGGAAAGAAGGAUACCGAGAAGCGUGUUGGACGAAGACGUGGACCGUUAUUACCGGAGCAAAGGAAGCAAGCGAGUGAGAUCAGAAAGUUGCGAGCAUGCUUGAGAUGUAAAUUCUUGAAGAAAACAUGUGACAAGGGAGAACCAUGUGCUGGUUGCCAACCUUCACACGCAAGGUUAUGGCAGGUACCUUGUACACGUAUUGACAUCAAGGAUAUCGGUUACUUCAUGAAGGACUGGAGAGCGGACUAUGAGAGACAUGCAGGCCGUGGCGUUUCUGUCUACAACAUCAAGGGCUUCGCCCAAAAGGAGGAGCUCAUCUGGAUCACUCACGGAUAUGGUUUCGCCAUCCCAAUCAUGGCCCGAGAAGUAUACGUUAGUGAUGACAGCUGCUUCACUGUCGACUGGAUCGAGACCGAGCAUGAGGAGCCACUCGAGUUCGAUACCCGUACCGAGCGAAUGUCGGCCGGCUCAGAGGGUGUAUCAACGGAAGCAUUGUCUGAGUACCUCGACAAGCAUCUCGAUGGUCCAUUCGAGGAGUUCAUCGAUGACUACUUUGAGGGUACUCCGUUCAUCACUGAGAUCUUGAAGACUGCCCACCGGUACUACUUGAAAGAGAAGGUCCCGGUCAUCCGAAAAGCACUGAAGCUUGUUCUCGCUUACAACCUCACACUCCAUGUCACGAUGGUCGAGCAACGUGGUGACGAACAUCCUAUGGAGGGCUUGAUCGAUGACGAGGAGUCCAAGUACAACGGAAAGAUCAUCGCGCCUGUCAUGAUCAACUUCCAGAUCAAGUGCGCACUUGCAGAUAUGUGGCGUGAGCUGCAAAAGGAGAUUCUUGAGGAACUGUCAUCGCUCUACUCCAGUGUCUAUAGUGGCGACAGGCUUAAGAAUUGGCCUACAAUUUUCAUGCUUGCCUCCAUCCUUCUCGCUGUCUGGGAAGAGAUGCAGUUCGAUUGUCAUUACCGUGUUCCUGAUGCAGCAGCUGUCAACAAGUUCUGCAGCGACAUGGAGACCACUCCAGUUGGUGUUAUCGUCGGACUCUUCCACGCCAUCUCUCAGAAGCUCCCAUCAUUCACUGAAUGGGAUACAAGAAGACACGGACAGCUUCUCAACAACAACGUUGCUGUCUGCGAAGCAAUGACUGAGAUGAAGGAUCACGUUACCAAGCAUGAAUCCUACCUCAAGACUCGUCCAGAUGCCAAAUUUGACCGAAGAGAUUUCGACUCCUUGUCCAACAAGUUCUUGUCAAAACUCGUCAUCCGAGCCAACUAGUGUCUUUUCCUUGUCUGAAAAUACUCUUCUAUAUACCCACGAUGCACUUCGUCUGUACAAAUUCAGCGACACUGCUCCAUAGAGUGGAGGGCCCCACGACGGGGCCAUAUUGAUAGUUACGAAUCUUUUUCCCUUUGUUGGUUUGAGUCUAAAUCUUUUACUCUCUUUUAUUCCACCAUCAGCGUAUGGAAUGCCAUCAGCGAGGGCACUUUUUUCUUUUCAUUUUCAUUUACUCGCUAAAGAAGUGGAAGAGGGGGUGAUUUCACGUGUUGAAUUUGCUUGAAUGGGGCAUAGCGAAAGUCAUAUUUACGACCCGUUACGAUGGUUUAUCUUUGGCAGGAGACCUGUAUGAAUGACUCGAGGAUCUAAUUACGAGAUCAAGGAUUUUCACGUUUACGUUUUCAUUGCCCUUACGGACGUCAUGUUUUAUCUUACGGAUGGAAGGCUUUACUUUGGAAGGAUACGUUGCUGUUUGAUGGGUUUGUUGGAAUUGAAUGAGAGCAUGCAUCUUGGGCGUUGGAAACCCUAUGGAUAAACUGCCUCCGGAAGGAUGCUUGGUGUGCUUUGCAACCACUGUUUUGGGGAAUUUGAGUUGUCAGGAAAGAGGACUGUGUAUGGCUAUGCACACGACGAUAUGGCGCCAGUAGAUAUAAAUCUCGGUCAAAAUAAAAGAGC